AUCGUAAUAAAUUUAAUUAUUAUGCAUAGCUUACGCCGAUGGAUUUUCAUGAACAUUAUUGGUCCAGGUAUCUAAUCUACUUAUAUCUCGGUACUCCUAUUAUGGUACUCGACACUCACAUCAAACGUCAGAUGACCACCUAGCACCUGUGUACCCGCCAGCCAAUAUAUUAUUAAGAUAGCAGCUGCCCAACCGCGAGGAGGGACAUGGUUGUUAUUUCCCCGUCCCCUGCGGUGUCCAUGACGUCAUCCUGGGUGGACGGUUAUAGAAUACGACUGCGGCGAUGUGCGCGCUGUGAUAUCAAGCUUUUUAUAAUUUUGUAUUAUUACUAUUAUUAUUAAUUUUUUUUAUUUUUUAUUUACUACUGUUAAGCUCUAUGCUGUAUUAUUUGUACAGUAAAGGUAGUAGCAGUACUAUUAUAAACAGUAAUUGUCAUAGUCCGGUACCGUUUAGCAUGUGCUCUGUAAUACUACUGACUUCAGAGAACCGAUCAUCGUAUACGAUAUAGUAUGUUUUUGCCUGUUACCGUUAUUGCACAAUUAGUACGUGGUGUCAUACAGUCUAGUCGCAGUCAUCUGGUUAGCCGGAAGGAAUCCGGAAUCGUCUCGUCGUUUCGCAAAAGGCCCAUAAGCACCACUCAGUGUUUAUGGCACGGCGAGUACGAAUGGCAGGAACCAAAAAGUGAGGAUGAAGUGGUUCAUGUCGUUUUUGUAGACAAGGACGGCAAGCGCACUGAAGUCAGAGGCAAAGUAGGCGACAACGUUCUUUAUUUAGCUCACAGAUAUGGAGUUGAAAUGGAAGGUGCAUGUGAAGCGUCUUUAGCUUGCUCAACCUGUCAUUGUUAUGUUACAGAAGAUUAUUUGUCUAAACUUCCUGAACCAGAAGAAAAAGAAGAUGAUUUACUAGAUUUAGCACCAUUUCUUAGAGAAAACUCAAGAUUGGGUUGUCAGAUUGUACUAAAUAAAAACUUAGAUGGUAUUGAACUCACAUUACCAGUAGUAACUAGGAACUUUUAUGUUGAUGGCCAUAAACCAAAACCUCAUUAAUAUAUUAUUCAUUUAAAUACGUUAUAUUAGUCUUGUAUUAAAGUAAAAUGGAGUAUGCUGAAGAAGCAAUUGUAGUAUCGAAUAAAGCUGU